UGGCGUUGAGUGACUACGGAAUGCUUUAAAAACUGUCGGUCCGCUCCAGUCAUAUAAGCUGCUCCUGGCCGGCUUUCAGUCUGUUGCUUGACACGCAGAGCCCAGAGUUUCCGAGUCCUCCUGGAAAGUUUGUAAAAGGCGUAAUGACAACGUCUGGUCAAAUGUUUCUCAGACGACCCACGAACUGAAUUUCUGCACGAGACAGGAAAGUACGCGGAAGCUCAACAUAUUAGUCCCUCCCAGCCAUUCAGGGCUAUUAAACGCUUGCAAGUCAUGUACAUUCGCCGGGAAUAUGAACGGACACACACCUGGAGAGCCCGUGAAUAUGAACGCAGUAGCUGUAGUGUGUCGUCGUGCUUGGAACGCCGUGUAACCUCGGGACAGGACAGAGAUGAAGAGUCCCGCACAGACUGUGAUCAUUCACCACACAGCGCUCCGGAACUGCGACAGCAUCUCUCAGCUCGCUCACAUCCAACACAUGCACAUGCAAGAGCGGGGCUUCGACGAUAUCGGUUACAACUUUCUGAUCUCUGGAGAUGGGAUGGUGUAUGAAGGGCGAGGAUGGGGGAUUGUAGGGGCCCAUGCAAAGGAACACAACUUCAAUUCUGUUGGCAUCGCGUUCAUGGGCAACUUCAACGAUGAAAUGCCCAGUUCUGCAUCACUGUCUGCUCUGCUGAGAUUGCUGCACAUUGGAGUGCUUCACGGUCAUGUACGGCCCAAUGUUGUGCUUGUGGGACACAGAGACGUGGCAAAAACUGAGUGUCCGGGGGAAUAUUUAUACGCUCUACUACCAAAACUAAGAGACCAGUUACAAAACCAAUGACCUCUUUUCUAUGCAUAUACGUUGCAUUAAAUCCCUGCUGUGUGUGUAGCAAUGUGUGAAUGUGAAAAUGUAUGAUAGGUUUAAUUUUGCUCUAAAAUUACAUGUUGCAGUCUUGUGUGCCUUGUUAAAAUCCCUUAUUAAAAUCUCCUAAAGUAAUACUAAUGGAUUGAUUUUUAUCAAAAUGUGGAACCAAUCCUGAAGGGCAUAAUUAAGAGUCCUACUGGG